GAAAAAAAGAAGUUACAGGUGGAAGCUAGUGUCAACGUGGAGCUUAUAAUAAAAACCGUUCAAAUGGUAAAGAUUGCUGUAUCAGAUACUUGCGUCAUGGAAUUAAUCUCUGGGUCAAAUUAAGAACUUUAUGCAUGAACUAUGAGAGGUGUUCUUACGAAAAAGUUUCGCUACAAUUUACUCCAGUUCACUUUCUUGAAGCAACGAUUCCACCAUUCACCUUGCGAACCAGAACUAACUCACUUGAGCUCCUCUCUGUAUAUGAAAAUCUUGCAACUCUGCAUCGAGACAGAAGACCUGAAACAAGGCUGUUUGAUUCACAGCCACAUUAUAAGAAAUGGGUUCGAUUCAAAUCUCCAUUUAAGCACUAAAUUGAUAAUCUUUUACGUAAAAUUUGGUGAAACAAUCAACGCGCGCAAGGUGUUUGAUAGAAUGCCUGAACGAAAUGUGGUAUCAUGGACCGCUCAAAUUUCUGGGUACGCAAAAAAUGGGCAUUACCAAGAUGCAUUGUUAGUUUUCUCACAGAUGGGUCGAGCAGGAGUUAGAGCCAAUCAGUUUACUUAUGGAAGUGUGCUGAGGGCAUGUACUGGUCUGAGGUGUUUGGAGAGAGGGAUGCAAAUACAUGGUUGCAUUCAGAAGAAUAGGUUUAUUGGUAAUCUAUUUGUGCAAAGUGCAUUGGUUGAUCUGCACUCGAAAUGUGGAAACAUGGAGGACGCUCGUUAUUUGUUUGAAACAAUGUCUGAGAGGGAUGUGGUUUCCUGGAAUGCAGUGAUUGGAGGAUAUGCUGCUCAGGAUUUCAAUGAUGAUUCAUUUCGAAUGUUUUAUUCAAUGAUGGGAGAAGGUGUGACCCCUGAUUGUUUCACCUUGGGAAGUGUUUUAAAGGCAUCUAGCAGGGCUAAUAACCUCAUCAAAGUCUGCCAAAUACAUGGAAUUAUCAUACAGCUUGGAUUUGGAUCACAUAUUGAUUUGAAUGGGUCACUCAUUGAUGCAUAUGCAAAAUCUGAAGGCAUGAAAAGUGCUUCUGCUUUAUACAAGAGCAUGUUAAAGAAAGAUGUAAUAUCUUUUACCGCUAUAAUGACUGGAUAUGCACGCAAAUGCAGUUAUAGUAGAGAAGCCCUGGAUCUCUUCAAAGAUAUGCAGCAUAUAUUCAUGGAGAUAGAUGAUGUCACAUUCUGCACCAUGCUUAAUGUAUGUGCUGAUAUAGCAUCUCUUAGCAUCGGAAGACAAAUCCAUGCUCUUGCUAUAAAAUAUAAACCCAGCUAUGAUGUGGCCACCGGCAAUGCUUUGGUUGAUAUGUAUGCAAAAUCUGGAGAAAUUGAAGAUGCAACCCGUGCUUUUUAUGAGAUGAAGGAGAAAAAUGUGAUUUCAUGGACUUCAUUGAUUACUGGCUAUGGGAAGCAUGGAUAUGGGCAUGAAGCAAUUGCUCUAUACAAGAAGAUGGAAUAUGAGGGUUUGAAGCCAAAUGACAUUACAUUUUUGUCUCUCCUCUUUGCUUGCAGUCAUUCAGGAUUGACUGGUGAAGGAUGGGAAUGCUUUAAUAAUAUGAUUACCAAAUACAAUAUACUGCCACGAGCUGAGCAUUAUUCUUGCAUGAUUGAUCUUUUUGCUCGUGGAGGACAGUUGGAAGAAGCUUAUAAUAUGAUAUGCAAGAUGAAUAUUAAGCCCAACUCCUCAUUGUGGGGUGCCAUUCUAGGGGCAUGCAGUAUAUAUGGUCAUAUGUCUCUGGGAGAAGUAGCAGCAACACACCUUUUGCGUAUGGAUCCAGAGAAUUCAGCAAACUAUGUUGUUUUGGCUGGCAUUUAUGCAGCAUCUGGUUCAUGGGACAAGGCUUGCAGGAUGAGAAACUUAAUGGAAUACAGAAGCUUGAAAAAGAUUCCUGGAUACAGCAUUAUACAAUCUACAAACAAGAACAUGAGAAGGCUCCAGCCAAAUUGAGCAGAAAAAGAUUGCUGUCUUGAUUUUCUGUUCCUCUCUCUAGAGAAGUGGAAAUUCUGUGUCAAAUGCUUUCAUCUUAAAUGUUGUAAAAAGUUAUUAUAUAUCUCAUUUAGUAAGAUCAAGUAGUGCUGCUGGUUCACAAUCAGAAGAUUUGGGGUCCUCAGCAUUCAGGUAUAUCUCUUGGACUUGGUGCUUCUAUUUCCGAGUAUAUUUGUGUUCAGCCCAAGUGAUUGACCAUUUCUAAGUGACGGUCCUGAAGGUAUUUGCCAUUUGUCACCUGUGGAGCUGCUGGUCAAACUUGAGCUACUUAUGCUGCAAGCUAUACUUACAACUAGCGAAUGGAAUAUUGAUGCGAAUUUGAGAGACUAGAUCUUGAAAUGAUUAAGCAAGCUGCUUCUUUGGGAGUCAUAUCUAGUUCGGAUCUGUCUCACCUUCGUUAUAGCCUGGUUCGUCAAUUCAGAAAAUUAAUAUAAAUACUUGGGAAAAACAAGUAUGCUUUAUAACAUGGCAUGGGAAGCUCAAAAACAUACUAUAGAUACAGUUACGAGAGGAGCCAAGCGAUUGCUGAGUUGGGGAAAUGCAGACGAUGUUGUUGCUGCUGAUGAUAUGAAGUUUAAGAAAGCGGCUGCAUGGCAGAAAAAGAAACAAUUCCAGUUGCUGUUCUGCAGGAUUGUCUGAGUUCGCUGGUUUAGAGGUGAGAGCACUGCAGUUGACAAUUGACAUUGUUGAACAAAGUUGCUCCUUGUGUUACUGGCUACAACUGUAUCUACUCUGCAACUGAUAUGAAGUUGCUUUUUAUAUUUUCCCUCCAUCAUCUGCAACCUCUUUUUAUUUAAUACCAGCACAGCACUUGACCAUAAUCAUUUUAUGUGCUGCUUGCUAUUUGUUGAAGACCCUUACCUGUACAGCUGUAUACUUCUAAUUCGGUCAUGUAUAUUUUAGGAAGUUAGAUUUUGUUUCUUAUAUUGAGGCUCUGUUUCUUAUAUUGAGGCAUAAUGUUUGCCUUCAAUUUCGUGGUCCACUUUGUAUAUAAACUAUGGCAGCAAUUAAUAAUAAACAAGUCAGAAAUCUAAACUGAA